UCACAUGGGGCGAUGAUAUCCCACACUGGCUACUCAUACCAGCAGGCUCAGAGAUGGAUAUGCUGAACAUUCUGUUUGGUGUUUUACUCGCAUGGACUUUGAUUCAAGCCUUGCUACUAAUUUCAAGGGCAACCCAAAGCAGCCCCAACAAGCUUCCACCAGGUCCCAAACCUUUUCCGAUCAUCGGAAACCUUCUCCACCUCGGCGACAACCCCCACAAGUCCCUCGCCGAGCUCGCCAAAACCUACGGACCCAUCAUGACCAUAAAACUAGGCCAAGUAAUCACAGUGAUCAUUUCUUCACCAACCAUGGCUAAGCAAGUCCUUCAAAAGCAAGACGUAGCCUUUUCCAAUAGACCCCUCCCAGACUUCACUCAUGCCCACAACCACUACCAAGUCUCUGUGGCUUGGCUACCGGUCUCAACCCGGUGGCGAAACCUUCGAAAAAUCUGCAAUUCCCAUAUCUUCUCUACUCAUAAACUUGAUGCCAACCACCACCUACGGCGGCUGAAGGUGGAGCAACUCAUUGCAAAUGUACGCGAAUGUUGCUUAGCAGGUGUUGCAGUAGAUAUUGGCCGAGCAACGUUUGAAACUUCGCUUAGUUUGUUAUCAAACACCAUUUUUUCUGUGGAUUUGGCUGACUCGAAGUCGAACAAGACUGCAGAAAUCAAGGAGAUGGUGUGCAGUAUGAUGGAGGAGGCUGGGAAGCCUAACUUGGCAGAUUACUUCCCUGUGUUUAAGAAGAUGGAUCCACAAGGUAUAAGGCGUCGAAUGGCUAUUCAUUAUGGGAAGAUGAUUGAAUUGUUUGAUUGUAUGAUCAAGCAAAGAUUGGAAUUGAAGAAAAUGAAUGGAUAUCUUGAGAGCAAUGUUGAUAUGUUGGAUACUCUCCUCAGUGUCAGUGAAGAUCAUGGUGAUGAGAUUAACCAUACUGGCAUCAAGCACUUGUUACUGGAUCUAUUUGCUGCUGGGACUGAUACAACUUCAACCACAUUGGAAUGGGCAAUGACAGAGAUACUUCACAACCCAAAGAUAUUAUCCAAAGCUCGAGCAGAGCUAGAGCAAACCAUCGGCAAAGGCAAACAGGUUGAAGAAUCAGACAUCACUCGGCUACCUUACUUGCAAGCUAUCAUCAAGGAAACUUUUAGGUUACACCCACCAGCUCCAUUAUUGCUUCCUCACAAAGUUGAAACCGAUGUGGAAGUAUGUGGUUUCACAGUUCCAAAGGGUGCACAAGUGCUAGUGAAUGCAUGGGCUGUUGGCCGUGAUCCGAGCAUAUGGGAGAAUCCCAACUUGUUCAUGCCAGAGAGGUUUUUAGGAUCACAAGUUGAUGUCCGAGGCAAGGAUUUUGAGCUCAUUCCCUUUGGUGCAGGAAGAAGAAUAUGCCCAGGAUUGCCGUUGGCCACUAGGAUGGUUCACUUGAUGUUGGGUUCGCUGAUUAACUCAUUUGAUUGGAAGCUUGAAGAUGGGAUUGCACCAGAGGACAUGAAAAUGGAAGAAAAGUUUGGUUUCACUUUAAAAAGUGCUCAGCCCCUUCAUGCUAUCCCUUUUUACACGUGAACAAUGUUGCUUUCUUGGAGCUUCUUUCUAGUAGAACUAAGAUAAAUAAAUUGGUCAUCAAUUUGAGCCUAGUUUCUCCGCUAGUUUGUGAAAUGUUGUUUGCUUAUAAAUGAAUAAAUUGGUCAUCAAUUAUAAAUGGUUGGGGUUCGUUGGUAUUAGUCGGAAGAUGAAUUGGUAUUUGGUGAUGAUGUAGCAAUAUUAGGAUAUGUAUUGGGAAUUGAAGCGAUGAUAUAACAAUAUUUUUCUUAU